GUUUCUUACUUCCUACACUCAGCACUCUCUGAGUUGCUACUCGGAACUUCAACACACAGAUGCUAGACCAGGAUUCUUUGUGCGAAACAUGUUCUUCGCUCUCUUAUGAGCAGAUGCGGACGACGGAAGGCCAGGCUUACCAUACCUCCUGGGCGGCUCUGGAGGAGUCUGCGUCACUUGGGUGCCGUUUGUGCAAGUAUUUUUGGGCCGGGAGCACCGUCUCUGUGUUCGAUAAGACCCAGUCUGCUCGACUUCACAUUGAAAAGCACCCUGACGAUGACUUCGGGGUAUGGCUUUGCCUUCGGGUCGACAACAGGCUAUUGAAAAUCUUUGAGGUUUUCUCAAAACCAGGACCACCAACUGGUCUACUGGGACGUGAGAUUAUCGGUCGAGAACUGGCCUUGGACCGCUCUUCCGAUUCGGCCAUCAGCAAGAUCCAAUCGUGGAUACACGAAUGCGAAUCAAGUCAUAGUCAGUGCCGUGGUCGUUCUAUUUCACCGCUCCCAACUCGUGUAUUGGACGUUUCUCCAUCCCAAGAUCCGGACCAGGUUCGUUUGAUCGAAGGCCGCGGUUUGAAGGCCGAAUACGUUACUCUCAGUCACUGCUGGGGUAAAACACCUCCAGAUUCCGAAGAUUUGAUCUUCACGUGCACAUCAAGAAACAUCCAAACCCUCACCCAAAGCUUCCCUUUGAGCGUUCUGCCGACCUUAUAUAAAGAUGCCGUCAUGAUGACCAGACUACUACGAAUAAGAUACAUAUGGAUAGAUUCCUUGUGUAUUAUCCAAGACAGCAAAGAAGAUUGGGCGAACGAAUGCUUGCAAAUGUGCGAUGUCUACUCGAACACAUAUCUUACGAUAUCCGCUGUUUCGUGCAAAAACAGCCUCCGAGGCUUCGUCAGAGUAGAUCAAGAGUGUCUACCAUUGCAGGUUCAGCUCUGUCAGGGAUAUGGAGAUUCCAAGCAAGCUCUACACAUCCGUGAUACGUUUGUUGAUCCUGCGAUGUACUUAACUGGUAGGGGGUGGGUAUUCCAGGAGCUGCUCCUUUCUCCGCGCGUGCUACAUUUCAGCUCUAUCGACAUGGUUUUUCAGUGCGAUACGCACACAGUUUUCGAAUCAACUUCGGUUACCUGUUACGGCUGGAAUAACCAUGAUGGUAAACGGCUAGUCUAUGGAACAACUCAACACUCGCGAAGUACGGACUACGACAAGUGGCUUAAGAUUGUUCAAGACUACUCCGAGAAGAAGUUGACCUACGAGACUGACAUGUUUCCGGCUUUGUCAGGUAUUGCACACAUUGUACAAUCUCGAACAAACGACGAAUAUGUUGCAGGUCUCUGGAAAGGUGAUCUGGUUGCUGGCUUGCUGUGGUCCAAGAAUCAAUGGCUUUAUGGGCCCGUACAACUUUCGACGCAGUACCUCACACCAACAUGGAGCUGGGCUUCUUCCAACCAUGUGGAUACCUUCAACACUCGUCGACGCAAGUACUUGAAGCUGGAUAUCCUUCACGCCGAGGCGGUACCGUCAACUACAAACCCGUUUGGCGAGAUAUCAUCAGCUUCCUUGAUAGUUUCCGGACCACUCAAGAGAACCAUGAUAUGCGACUUGAGAGAGAUACCGGAUGAUUGUGUGCAGUUAACCUCGGUUGGAGGUUCUAAGAUUCGUUUCGCUUUCGACAUAGGUCAACACAAGGUACCAGAUUUGGACGAAGUCUGGUGCCUAGAUUGCACAGUUAACAAGGAGGACGACAUCCCCGAGAACAUCCACCACGGCCUCACGUGGUUCAAUGCACAUGGCCUAGUCCUCGAACAAGUGUCCGAAAAGAAGCAAGUUUACAAGCGGAUUGGAGUUUUUGAAGUCUUCGGAGUCGACGUUGGUACUGGAGGUGAUACGGACUGGCAUCGGACAGGGUGGAGCAAGACGAGGUUGGAAAUUAUCUGAUAGUUACAGAUUAAGACGACUGAACAAACGUCUCGUUAUUGCAACCUGUUGAUGCUUGAAGCUUCGACUGGAAUCUACAGAGGUUCUCAUAUGCUUCCAAGUCUGGAACUUCGCUGGAUAAUCCACAUCCCGCACUACGGCGUUUUCCCACAUUCCACCCACAUAAUUGACACUCAUUCUCGUAGGCCCCAUAGCUUUUGUGAGGCAGAAGCCGACGUGGCUGCCAACUGGAGGAGAUGAGUGAGUAACAGUGUUCAUGUAGUCACCUGCUACAAUUAGAGAGAGGGUUUAGAGGAAAUGAAAAGCUAUAUGAGGGAUGCAAAAGUUGUAAACGCCAGCUUACCGUUAGUAGCGUACUUUCCCUAGGCAAUGGGAGUAGUGAUUCCAGAUGGUAUAAGAAUGAGUGGUGAAAGGGUAAACUUCAGACCUCUUGAAACGUUGC